UCGCGUCCACCCGUUAUGGAUACCCUUCUCCACACCCCUACAUCAAUGGCCAAGCGCCCUUGUCCCUUCUCCAUCUCCUCCUCCUCCUCCUCCUCCUCCUCCUCCUCCACCGCCACCGCCACCGCCACCACUAGCACUUCCUCCUCCCCAAGCCCUAAUAGGCAACCGAACAUGAACCACCAAGUAGAAAAUCUCCUCCAAACAUUUUUAGGCCUUGCGGACUCACCUUCCCUCUCUAUCGACCUCUCCUUCGAGCGCCUCCUCGAUUCGUUACCUUCUGACGCCGAUCAGUCCCUCUUCAUCAAUCGCGCCCUCAAAUUGGGAUCUAUACUUCUCGAAGCUGGGAAACGCUCCGCCAGAAAACGCUCUUCCAAUCACAAUUCGCUUACCUGGGCUCUACCUCCCGAUCUCACCAUCAAGGUAUUUUCUAUGCUUGAUAUGCAAAGUUUGUGCUAUGCUGCAGCAACUUGUUCAAUGUUUCACAAAUGUGCCAUGGAUCCCUUGUGCUAUACCAAUAUUGACUUGACAACAGUAGUCCCUAAAGUCAAUAAUGCAGUGGUGUCCACAAUGAUCCAACGUGCUGGAAAAGCUCUGCAGUAAGAAAAUCCCAAUCUAACAAAUUUAUUUUUGUAUAUUUCUCUAGUAAGUGACACAUUAUGUGCGUGUAAUUUCUAUUUUUGGAAUUCUUCUGGUUGAAUAUCUUACAUUUUUAGAGUUCUUUGAUUUAGUGGGUUAAAGGAGACAAAUUAUUCCACAUCAAAGCAGAUAUAAACAUUUUUUAAAAUGGCAAAGCUCCAUGAAAAUAAGUUUGAUGUCAAACAAGUUCUUUGAACUAAAAUCUGAAGCUAGGGCCCUUAAAUCUUAUGUGGAUUGUAUUAUUCAAUCCUAAGAUAGUCAUUUCAAACUAUUUCCUAUUUCCUUUUUAUCAGAUUUUCAUUCAUUUUGGUCUCAAAUUUCGUCAUGAACGUGAACUUGAUGUUUCUUUCUUCUUUAGUGUUUGGGAAUUGGAAGGAUUAU